UCAAAAAUGUGUUUCCGGUCGUAAAGUUGAAAGAAAUUACUGUUUCACAAAAAAAAAAAAACAAAAAAAACUUGGAUUGAUGCUUAACCCAGUUACGACUCUUUGUAUACUAUAAAUCUGCCGUCUUGUCAAAACAAAUCCAUAAGCUUCUUCUUUCAUUUCGACCUCUGUCGUCUUCGAUCAUAGAGAAUUCAAUGUCGUCGAACUACAAGCUCAAUCACACUGAUUCAUUAGGAAAUGGAGAUGCAAACAGUUUGCGAUCAAACCCGGAGAAUGCUUUCAGUGAUUUGAAUUCACUAGCCCAAUCAGAGAAAGCAGUUGAGGAGCUUCUUAUUCAACAGACUCCUAUGCAGGCUUCAGAUGAUCAUCUCAUUGAGUUCUCUGAGGCCUUGAGAACUGUUGCAAAGGCUCUAAGAGGAUCUGCUGAAGGGAAGGCAUUGGCUCAAGCUGAGGCUGCUGAAUGGAAACGUAGAUAUGAGCUGGAGAGGUCUAAGAACCUUGACUUGCUACGUCAAGCACCUUUAAAUGAAGAAGCUAACAGCAUGGAGAUGGAUCAUAUAGCCAAGUCUCCACGGCUUCAUGUCCCGGAAAAUGGGAAAUCAGCAAGGUAUGCCUUGGAGCGUAUCUGCGCUCAUGAAGUACUCCAAGAUUGUGAACCUAACAGUCCUAUUGGGUCUAACAACAAACUGAAGCGAAAGGCAUCGUUUAAGCUUUCGUGGGGAUGCAAGGGUCAAGCUAAUGACCAACACAAGAAAGAUAUCGUCUCGUUCGAGAGUGGGAAUAUCACUACAGCAGACCGCAGUAGUAAACAGAUUUCACUGACAUGGGAGACCAGUCCACAAAAUGUUCUGAUUUUCACCAAACCUAAGUCAACUUCUGUACAAGUUCUUUCUGUGGAAAUGGUCAGAUGGUUGAGAGAGCAGAAGGGGCUAAAUGUUUACGUGGAACCACGAGUGAAGGCAGAACUUUUGUCGGAAUCAAGUUCCUUUGACUUUGUACAAACUUGGGAAGAUGACAAAGAAAUUUCACUUCUACACCCGAAGGUUGACCUUGUUAUAACUCUUGGCGGGGAUGGUACCGUUCUAUGGGCAGCAUCGAUGUUUAAAGGACCAGUGCCUCCAAUUGUUCCAUUUUCCAUGGGAUCUUUGGGAUUCAUGACUCCUUUCCAUAGCGAACAAUACCGAGAAUGUCUUGAAGCGGUAUUGAAGGGUCCACUCAGUAUAACACUAAGACACAGGUUGCAGUGUCACAUCAUCAGAGAUAAAGCUAGGCAUGACUACGAGACAGAGGAGAACAUGCUUGUUCUUAAUGAAGUCACCAUCGACCGUGGGAUAACUUCUUUCCUCACAAACCUUGAAUGCUACUGCGACAACUCAUUUGUCACAUGUGUGCAAGGCGACGGACUCAUACUCUCCACAACAUCUGGUAGCACCGCAUACUCGCUUGCAGCUGGAGGGUCAAUGGUCCAUCCACAGGUUCCUGGGAUCUUGUUCACACCUAUCUGUCCGCAUUCUCUGUCGUUCCGCCCACUGAUAUUACCGGACCACGUGACAGUGAGAGUGCAAGUGCCAUUCAACAGCAGAAGCUCUGCUUGGGUAUCGUUUGAUGGGAAAGGCCGUAAACAGCUUGAAGCAGGGGAUGCACUGGUGUGUAGCAUGGCACCGUGGCCUGUCUCAACGGCUUGCCAGGUCGAAUCCACUAAUGACUUCCUACGCAGCAUCCACGACGGUCUUCACUGGAACCUACGAAAGACUCAAUCUUCUGACGGCCCUCGUGAAACUUAAAAACAAAUUUAUCCAGGACUCUUCGUUUUAAAAACCAUACACACAUAGUCCUGACAUCUAUCUAUCUGGCUGUAUCCAUUGUUUGUUGUAAAGGACAUGUAUUCUGUAACUGUUAUGAGCAAUAAUUCUGUUGUGUGAUGAUCAAAGUUAAUGAAUCAAAAGAUGUUUAUGUUCCCUCUC